AUGUUAUGUUUUGAACGCUGCUUUGCGUACGGAACGUUCAUUCCAGCAUUCUGGGACAUUACAACAACAGACAAUGGGUUUACAAUUUAUUGGCAGCAUUGGAGGUGGUGUUUUUGGUGGGCAAACUGAUUAUAUUCAAAGUCCAUCACUUACAACAACGUUAUCCUCAGGAACAAUAGAUUCGACAACAACGAAAUCUCAUGUCCCAGUAUCAAUA